UUGAAUUCUAAAGAGACUCAGGCGGAGCUGGGCUGGACAUCGUAUCCCCCCAAUGGAUGGGAAGAGAUAAGUGGCGUCGAUGAGAAGUACAAGCCCAUCAGGACGUACCAGGUGUGCAAUGUGAUGGAGCCCACGCAGCAGAACAACUGGCUGCAGACGAGCUGGGUGGCGCGCCGCGGCGGCCAGCGCAUCUUCGUCGAGCUCCAAUUCACGCUGCGCGACUGCAACAGCAUCCCAGGCGUGGCAGGCACCUGCAAGGAGACCUUCAACCUCCUCUAUGUGGAGUCAGACAGGGACCUUGGGGGUGUGACCCGGGAGGACCGCUACACCAAGAUUGACACCAUCGCUGCCGAUGAGAGCUUCACGCAGGGCGACCUCGGUGAGAGGAAGAUGAAGCUGAACACGGAGGUGCGCGAGAUCGGCCACCUCAACCGCAAGGGCUUCCACCUGGCGUUCCAGGAUGUCGGCGCCUGCGUUGCCCUGGUGGCCGUGCGGGUGUAUUACAAGCGUUGCCUGGCGACUGUGCAGAACCUGGCCGUGUUCCCUGACACGGUAGCGGAGGCGGCUUUCGCCACACUGGUGGAGGUGCGAGGUGCUUGCGUCAACAACUCUGAGAUCGACAUGGACAGUCCUCCCAGGAUGCACUGCAGCGCCGAAGGAGAAUGGCUGGUACCAAUUGGAAAGUGCAGUUGCAGUGCUGGCUAUGAGGAGGGACACAGCAGCUGUGAAGCAUGUCCCUCUGGCUCCUACAAGAUGUCAUCCAGACAACAGGAGUGUUUUCCUUGCCCGGAUAACAGCGUGGCGGAGGACGAGGGCUCCAUGGUGUGUCUUUGUAAAGAAGACCACUUCAGAACGCCCCUGGACAACCCCUCUGCACCUUGCACACGCCCCCCUUUUCCACCUAGAGACUUGGUCUUCACCCUGAAGCAGUCAACACUGAUACUGGAGUGGUCCGCGCCAUCCGACACGGGUGGCAGGGUGGAUCUCACCUACAGUGUGGGAUGCCGGCGGUGCGUGGUGGCACAGUGUGAGCCAUGUGGGCCCAGUGUCGGCUUCGUGCCCCAGCAGAUUGGCCUGACAGAGAGGACCGUGACCGUCGUCAAUCUCCUGCCCAACACCAACUACACCUUCACUGUGGAGGCCCUGAAUGGAGUGUCUGAGCUGCUGCCCAACAAGAGGUUUUACACACAGGUCAACGUGUCAACGAGUCUGCCUGCGCCCUCUCUGAUCAGUGAACUGCGAGCUGAGAAAAUUGAACAGAAGAGUGUGACCUUGGUGUGGAGGGAGCCUUCCUAUCCCAACAGCAGCCGCACCGAGUAUGAGGUCAAAUACUACGAGAAGGAACAAAAAGACCAGAGUUACUCUACAGUGAAGACUUCUGCCACCCGCAUCAGUGUCAAUAACCUCAAACCGGGCACCACGUACAUUUUCCUCAUCCGCCCCUUCUCCACGCCGGCGCCCUCCUCAUCGCUCUCCUCCCCCCCUCUCUCCUCAUCCUCCUCCUCCUCUGCCGCCUCAUCCUCUUCAUCCAUCUCCUCCUCUUCUCCGCCACCCAUCGACUACGGAGCAUACAGCACCCCCCUGGAGCUGCAGACACUUGGCGAGUUGGCACUGGCAUCCAGUGAGCAGAAUCCUGUGGUUAUUAUAGUGGUGGUGUCUGUGGCCGCUCUCAUCAUGCUACUCUCCAUGGGAGUGGGCCUGCUCAUCUGGCGAAGCAGCCUCUGUUCGAACUCCUCCAACGUAACUCCUGCUAGCGUGGUGCUGCUCUCCACCUCCUUCUCCACUCUACCUCCUCCUCCUCUUCUCUCUCCUCUUCCUCCCUUCACACAGCUGACGCCCAGCAGACAGUGCGGCUACAGCAAAGCCUCUCAAGAGGGCGACGAGGAGCUCUACUUCCAGUUUAAGAUCCCAACCAGGAGGACCUACAUUGACCCGGAGACCUGCGAGGACCUGCUCCAGGCAGUCCACGCUUUUGCCAAGGAGCUGGACAACUCUAGCAUCAAGAUAGAGAGGAUCAUACACACAGGGGACUUUGGGGAGGUGUGCCGCGGCUGUCUGAAGCUGCCCAGUAAGAGGGAGUUGCCUGUGGCCAUAAAGACACUGCGGGCCGGCUGCUCCGAGAAACAGCGGCGCUCCUUCCUCAGCGAGGCCGGCAUCCUGGGACAGUUUGACCACCUGAACAUCAUCAGGCUGGAGGGCAUCAUCACCACUGGUAACACCAUGAUGAUAGUGGUGGAGAGCAUGUCGAACGGGGCCUUGGAUUCCUUCCUCAGGAAACACGAAGGCCAGUUGACCACAAUGCAGUUGAUGGACAUGCUGACUGGGGUGGCCUCGGGGAUGAAGUACCUCACCGAGAUGGGCUUCGUCCACAAACGGUUGGCGGCACAUAAGGUUAUGGUUAACUCCAGCCUGGGCUGCAAGGUGUCUGGCUUCAGACCCCUGCAGGAGGACAAGAUAGAGGCUAUCUACACUACUCUGCAUGGAGGGAAGAGCGUGGUGCUAUGGACGGCUCCAGAGGCCAUCCAGUACCAUCGCUUCUCUUCAGCUUCAGAUGUUUGGAGCUUUGGCAUCGUCAUGUGGGAGGUUAUGUCCUAUGGAGAAAGACCCUACUGGGAUAUGGGCAACCAGGAUGUGAUAAAGGCCAUAGAGGAUGGAUUCCGGCUGCCAGCACCAGUGAACUGCCCUCCCCAUCUCCAUCAGCUGAUGCUGGACUGCUGGCAGAAGGAGAGGACAGAGAGGCCCAGCUUCAGCCAGAUCCAUUCGGCCCUUAGCAAGAGCAUCCGCUCGCCUGACGGCAUUGGCUCCUCCACGCUGGCACGCAGGACCCUGAAUUCAUCCAUCACGAUAGCAGAGAGGACUCUUCCCUCCUUCCCUUCUUUUAACUCGGUAGGCGAGUGGCUGGAUGCAGUAGACAUGGGCCGCUAUAAGGACAACUUCAUUGCUGCAGGAUACUGCUACCUGGAGUCUGUGGCGCGUAUGACUGUACAAGAUGUGCUGAGCCUUGGCAUCACUUCCCUGGAGCACCAGAAGCUGAUACUGGCUGCCAUCCAGACGCUCAGAGCCCAGGUCAUCCAGAUGCACGGCCGUGGUGUGCAGGUCUAA